ACAUACACUGCAGUAGGCCUAUACAAACAAGAAUAAAAUACAUUUUAUUAAAUCAUGUUCUCUUUUUAGCGUAGUCGUGUUACGUCGUAGUGCUAUCUACUUUUGCUUUCUGAUUAAAACAUUAUCAAAUAAUAUAAGUUGUCUCCCUAUUGAUAAGGAUGCGUGCCUAAUAUCACCCCAGCGUGUCACACAUAUCUCUGCCUGGCCCUGUGACCCCUCGCCCGAUCAGCUGACCAUCAUCCAGCGGGGCGGUGAGACAUUCCGUCCCCGACCGGAGGGAUGCCUUGGCCCGCGGAUCGCAUCGCCUCUCCCCGCGGAUCGCAUCGCCUCUCCCCGCUCUGCCAGCACUGCAACUCGUGGGACGGAGCAGGAGGUGGACUCCACUCCAGGAAACAAAAGUGACAUUUCCGCAUGUCUUCUGCAUUCCAAAGCUGGCGUCCGACCAAUGAGACUCAGAUUGUGGUUCUCCACUUAACGUUUCUGUCGAUGUCACGUGACUGCUUGCUUGCUUCAGAUGACACCGGUUGAUCGCCAGGUGUACGCAAGGUGUCUGUGUUUCUUCGACAGUGGUUUGUGCAUCUCUAUGUUACUUCUAGAUGUUGGCUACAAAACAAGUCGCACACAUUGAAAGAGGAAGUGUUAUUUGACGACAAGAAGGGGAUCAGUAGCCACUAUGCUGAAGCUGAAGACAAAGUUUGAUCUGCGGAGAGAUGUGGUGGCUGAUAUCCUCAGGAAAGAGCCGACUAUAUGGAGAGUCGAGACAGGAAUGUCCUCUGCGGAUUAUUCUGGGGCUGUGGACACUCGCAUCGUGAACGUGGAGAGAGAUGGGGGGAUUCUCUACUCCUGGAAGGGGGCAUCUGGGACCACUAGGAUUGGGAAAUAUGACCCGACCACAAAGGACAACAAGCUCUUGUAUACGUUUGACCAGCAGGUGUCUGUGAGCAGUUGUUCUCUGAACAAGGAGGAGACACUCCUGGCCGUCAGCCUAACACAAAGGAGAGGAGGACAGGAUCGCCUGAACCCAAUGUCCAAGUGUUUGGCCCUGCUCAUUGAGAUCCACCCCAUCAACAACACCAAGGUCCUCAAGGCUGUGGACUGCACGGUCAGAGUUCAGUUCCUCCACCCAGAAACGGACAGCAAGUCUGUGCUCGAGAGCCACCUCUUGCUGAUAGCUGAAGAUGGCUAUAUAGAACAGUACCACGUUCUGCUGAGCAAAUAUGAAGGAUAUAGAGUGGUGAUGCUGAACCCCGAGCGGCUGUCCAAGUUGACUGAGAGGAUAGCGGAGGACGUCAGUUGGGUCCAGUGGGACAGAGACUCCCAGAGACUGUACUACCUCACACACAGGGACAAGACCUUGCGAUGUUUCCAAUUUUACCCCAAUCACAACUGCGAGAUUGUGUUGGAGAUGAUGCUAGACUUGCCUACAGAGCCUCUGAACACUUUAAGGUUUGUCAACCUGGGUUUUGACCACUACGAUGAGAAAAAACUUCAGCAACAACACAAUCAAAUGGAAGUGUUCACAAACAAUAUAGGAACUAUGUGCGUGUGCUUCAGCCAACCAGCGAUCGAUGGCCAGGAGCAGACUUACAGCGUCAUCUUCGUUCAUAAAGGCUGCAGUAAAACAUUCAGAGUGUCUCAGGAGGGGGACGCCCCGGAGCCCCGCCCCCGGCCGCUCUUCAUUCCGAUAGGGUACUACAUCCUGGUGUACGUGGCAGGCCGCUUCCUCCACUGCAUCAACAGCAGGCAGCCACAGACCCUCUGCCACUCGCUCUUCCUCUCAGGUCCAGAGGCCCAGCUGGGGCUGCCAGAGCCGUCGGCAGGCGUCACUCUUUUAGGCGUAGAAGAAGAAAGUGAAGAAGAAGGAGGAGGAGGAGCCUCAGCCAGCGUGCUGAUGGACCUGGCCAGUGGCAAGAUCUACAGGGCUGACCUUAGCUCCGCCUUCCUGCUGCAGAUCCUCCGCUCGGACACGCCCCCUACGAGAACCAGCAGCCUGCCUCUCAGCGUGGCCCCUGGAGGAGCCGGUCGGGCCCCCAGCCGGCCAGAAGCCCAGCGGCUGGCGGCCCUCCACGGCCUGCUGGUGUACCUGGGAACCGAACCAACGCUGGAAGACAAGAUCAUUGAUUGGCUGUGUGACAACGCAAUGGCGUUCGAGUCCUUCGAUCAGAUCCAGGAGUUCAUUCUAGCCUCUUUGUACAGGAUCAGCUAUGGGAAGUUUCUCUGUCUCGACAAAGUCUUGCCUUACUCGUCUGUUUUCGACAAGAAGGAAGUGGCGGCAGCACUGCGGGAGGUUCCUGGUGUUUCCUGUACGUCUGAAACGUACACAGACCCCGUGUUCAAAGGGAAGGCCCGGGGGGUGCAGAGCUUCUGGUUGUCUCUCCAGUGGAACACGGAGAAGAUGAAGCACCUGGAGGCCGCGCCCCACCCCCGCUACCGCACCUCACUGCUGCAGGACCCCUGGGACCGGCUGAGGGGAGACGGGGGAAAAACGCCUAGUCAAUCGAAACAUCUGGAGGAGAACGCAAAGAAAGUUCUAUCAAUGGUGGAUACAUGGAGCCUCGAUAGGAAGACUGUUCCUCUGUUCCAAGAAGAAGAUCCAGAGCAGAGAGCCCUCAUAGGACUGAUGGUGGACAAACUUCGGGAGCAUCUGACCAGACUUCUGCCUGGUCUGGGGAAGAAGAGGAUCCACUCGCUGGUGGUCAACUAUGUAGCCAAACUGGUCAGUGUGGUGUGUGUAUCUGUGUGUGUUGAAGUUCAAGUUCUUUACUAAGUCAAAUACACAACAAACAUGCAGUAGCAGUCAUGGCUGGCAAUGAAACUCCAGUGUUUUAAGGUUUGUGUGUGCGUGUGCAAGUGCGUGCGUGUGUUCAAAAGGUUCUGACUCUGAACCCCUAACCUAAUCCUAAUUGACCGGUCCUAAUAAAAAUAACAUUGUUUGUAAGUCACCCUGGUUGAGCAUCUGGUCAAUGACUAAAGAGUCCAUAUAAUUUGAGCCGAAAAGCUCUACAUAGAAAAAUACACCAUAAGAAAACACAAGACAGUGUCAGUGCGAGGGCUGGCACAGAACUUACGAGCAGGGCUUGUGUUGUCUUCAAAUAAAAUCGAUUUUCAAAACGCAACCAGCUCAAAACACGAGUGCAUUGCGUCAGCCCAGGGAGAUGGAGACGAUCCAUUUCAAACAUCUUACUCCUUUCCUCUCUGCAUUACCACAACUGGCACCUCUCUGCUUGGCAUCCUCAGACAGCCACAGUGGGCAUAGGGCUAAGUAGGUGUUUAAUAUUCCUGCUCUCCUCACUGCCGAGCAUAGCUCCGGGCGCACAGACGUUGUACAUCAACACGCUGGCUCCCCGUCCACUCAAGGUUAGGGGCUGGAGCGUAGCGGGGGCCUGGACGGUCGUGGAUGUCCCCCUUUGUAUUGAGGAUGUUGCAGGACUGCAAAUGGCUUCCUGAAAAGGCCACACUUUUUAUUUGUAACUUUCUAUUUCGCUUGAGAGAUGAAUUGUCGGAGGUAUACGAGGGGAAGGGUACGGGUGAGAACCAUGAGAGUUUUGUGAAAUAAAACAACUUAAAUUUGGGGAAACAUUUGUACUUGUAAUUGGCAGUUAAUGAAUGCACUCUUAUGGUAUGUUGUGCGUCCUGGCACUUUAUGUAGGCACUUAAUGUGUGUGGUACAUCCUGGUUCUUUAAAAACAACAUGCUAAGCAUUUUGUAGCAUAUUAUCCUAGCUAUCCUUGUUGUAUAAGUGGAAUUGGUUAUACUAGCGAUUGUUAGUGCUUGGCAGUUGUUUCUAUGAACAUCCUUACUGUACCGACAGAAAUAUAUUGUUUCUAUUUCUUCUGACAAAUGUACUUCUUGUGUCACUUUGGAUAAAAGCGUCCUUAAUGGAAAUGGAAACAUGCUGAGUUGUUGAAAAACACUGAAAUGUUCAGUGUUUGAUUCCCUGUGGUUUUCCAUCUCGUUAUUUUGCAGGAGGAGUUUGGCCGCAGCCAACUUGUUCUCCAAAGUUUGCGACCAUCGGCUAGUCAUCGCUUUCGAGCAAAGACGUCCGGUAACGCGAAACGUCUCGAUCCCUCUUAGACAUGAUCGAGUAAAAAACGAUGUACGCCGAAGCGCAAGCAAUCCCUACCACCUAAUUGGAAAACCCCAACUCCUCUCUGCCACGUUGUGGAAUAUUUAUUCAUGAACGAUGAUUUAGCCGCUAAGUGGCUUCUGAUGCACUCGGAUGUACUCACCUGGAAUACAUAUCGAGCAAUCGGCCAACGGCAAAGUUAUUGGAACAAAACAGUGUAAUCUGUGUGUGUGGGUGUGUGUGUGUGUGUGUGUGUGUGUGUGUGUGUGUGUGUGUGUGUGUGUGAUGUAUGUCUGUAGGGGUACAUGAUCCGUGUUGGUUGGGGGGCAUGUGUGCGUUUGUGUGUGUUGAAUACCAAGCCGUUUGACGUUGUUGCCAGAAAACGCAGUUUUUUUUUUCAGAAUGAAGAAACACACACCCCAGAGGACAGGCCGUGUUCCCGGUCGAUUAGUAUACGAUUAGCAGAAUUCCCAGAAGCGUUACUGCCGGUUAAUAAG